AUGGCGAUCGUCUUGGGCAUCGGACUUGGGGUAGUGCUACUCAUUGUGCUUAGUUUAAUUCUGACAAUCCUCAUCAACCGCCGGGACAGACAGUCGUUCCUGAGAUCACGAAAAAAUUCCGGUGAGCGGUUGCGCAAGUUGGACAAGGUUUCGCCGACUUGCACGCUCGAGAAGUGGUGGACGGCCACGAAGGGAAAUCUCGGGCUGUCUGAAGCCGUCGAUGGACAAUUCGUUUGCGCUGUUUGUUUGGAACAAGUAGACCGCACGCAGGAAAUUCGCGAACUGCGGUGCUUGCACGUUUUCCACCGGGAAUGCUUAGAGAAGUGGUUCUUGGGAGAUCACUUCAAUUGCCCGUUGUGUCAUCGGGCGUAUUAUGUGGCCGACACACCUCCUCGCAGCGAUUAUGUGUGGAUGGUAUGA